AAGCCGGACUGUUCGGUUUUAUUAUUAAAAUGCUAAAAAUCCCCCAGACAAAAUCAAACAAUUUCGGCUAGCAGAGCGAUUGUACCUGGCCAUUGGCGAAACUGAAACAGAAACUGAAAAUUAGUACACAAUGCGUUGGCCGCGAAAGCACACGUUCGGCCUGUGGCCCAAGGGAAACAAUAGUGGUUGCAAUCGCCGGAGUGGAGAAGCUACCGGGGAUCACCAGGCCACAGUGGCCACCAUUUACGAUCCCAGUUGCGAGGAGAAAGAGAAGUACACGGCUCAAAAUGGCGAAGACUAUUACGGCCAGGUCCACACCGUCGACUUGGAUGUGGCCAGCAAGUACUCCAAGCCAAAGGAGGCCCACUGGCUGGUGCGACGUCUCUUCUUCCUCAGCUGGAUUACCAGCUACGAUCGGGAGCGGGCCUUUGCCGAUUUGAUUGCAGGGAUCACCUUGGGUCUGACCAUUAUUCCCCAGAGUAUUGCCUACGCCGCCCUGGCCGGACUCUCAUCCGAGUACGGCCUGUACUCCGCCUUCAUUGGAUCCAUCAUCUAUGUGUUUUUCGGCACGAUACCACAGGUUUCCAUCGGACCCACCAGCCUGAUGGCCAUUCUCACACUGCAAUUCUGCGCGGGUAAGCCAGUGCAGGUGGUCAUUGUUCUGGCAUUCCUCGCCGGUUUGGUGGAACUGGCCAUGGGAGUGUUCCAGCUGGGAUUCAUUGUGAGCUUCAUUCCGUCUCCGGUUACGAAGGCUUUCACCUCGGGCACGGCGGUGAUCGUGGUGUUUGCCCAGAUCAAGAAUCUUCUAGGGGUUCGCCUGAAGGGAUUUCCCUCGGUAGCAGACUUCUUCACCAACAUUCGUCCUACCGAUGCGACAAUGGGAAUAGCCUGCAUGGUGGCGCUGCUCUCCUACUGAGGGUAACUUCUGUCGCAGGUGAAUUUCAAGCAGGACACGGCUGUCACGCGCCGUCUUAAGAAGAUCCUGUGGUACAUCAGCAUAUCGCGCAAUGCCCUGGUUGUCUUCACCACCGGGCUGAUAGUGUUCAUCUGGGUGAGGAAGAGCUCAAUUGAGGCGGUGCCCUUUGCCCUUUCCGCAAAGGUUUCCUCGGCCAUGCCCACGUUCAAGUUGCCGCCCUUUGCCUUCGAAUACCAGAACCGAACUUAUGUUUUCACGGAUAUUCUUCAUGAGCUGGGCAGCGGAAUCGUUGUGGUGCCAAUUGUGGCAGUCCUCGCUAACGUGGCCAUUGCCAAGGCCUUCGUCAAAGACGGCAAUCUGGAUGCCUCGCAGGAGAUGCUCACCUUGGGUAUCUGCAACAUAGCUGGUUCCUUCUUCAGUGCCAUGCCCACCUGCGGAGCUUUCACCCGCUCGGCCGUGAGUCAGGCUUCCGGAGUUCGAACGCCAAUGGCUGGAAUCUACACGGGAUUGAUAGUGCUCUCCGCUCUGAGCAUUCUGACCCCGUACUUCCAGUACAUUCCCAAAGCCUCGUUGUCUGCCGUCCUCAUCGCAGCGGUCAUCUUUAUGAUUGAUCUAAGUCCGGUCAAGGAGCUUUGGCAAACCAACAAGAAGGACUUCUUCAGCUGGGUGGGUACCUUGAUCAUCUGUUUGGCGUAUGGCGUGGAGUUGGGCCUGCUAUUUGGAAUUGUACUUAGUAUGGUGUCCAUUCUGCUGCGCUUGGGUAACCCGAAAUUUGAGGUCACGCUGAAACAGCAUGAAUCCACGUACUAUGUCCACGUGGUGCCCCAGUCGGAUGUCUAUUACAGUGGAGUGGAUGCAUUGCGAAGUGAACUAAUGGGCGCCUGCAAAGAGUUCCCAGUAGUUCUCGACUGCGCACGAUUCAUGCUGUUCGAUGCCACCUUCAGCGAGAUGCUGAUCUCAGUGGCCAAGGAUAUGGCCGCCCACGAUAUACUGCUCGUCCUGCAGAACAUGAGCCUGAAGGUGCAGCAGAUGCUGCCCGUGAUGAGCAAUGUGCGCUUCUGCCAGGAGGACAGCCAGCUGUCGAGCCAUCUGCAGGUCGAGAAGGAGGCGCUUUUGCCGGAGGCCAAGCUGUAAUCAUUGCUAUCUGAUGCCAGCAGUCCGUUCCAGUCUGUUUGAUCCGGUUUUGUCGGACGUCAUGAGAAUUAUCUCCGGAUCUGCUACCGCUUGACGUUCGCACGCAAAUUGCGCAACUGAGCGGCGGCACCAGUUAGUUGAUUACUUAGAUUUAGGGGAUUAGUUAAACGACUUUGUAAAUACUUAUAUGCAUUAUUAAAAUAUAGUACUCUUCUAUGAAUAUAUACCAAGAUAACCCAA